AUGCCCGUUUUGCGAGAUUAUCAGCUGUCAAACAGUUCCCCUCUAUUCACAGCCAAGAGAAAAACACUAUUUUUUUCGGGAAGUGUAACAAGUAGACUUGACAAUUUUUAUGCGAAACAUGAUAACAAUGCUUCGUCGGUGAAUAAAAUUAAAUUAAGUGUAACUUGUGGAGGUAUCUUCUUCGCUCGGGGCUUCAUCAAGACGGGGCUCGGGAACCGCGUCGCCUACCAAUUCGUUAAAGCAUUCGGGGGCUCCACGCUCGGCCUCGGUUACUCGCUCGUCUUUGCCGAGGCGUUCCUCGCGCCUGCAAUCCCCUCGGUCUCCGCGCGGGCUGGUGGCAUCUUCCUCCCGCUCGUGAAAUCCCUCUGCGAGGCGUGUGGAUCGCGCACUGACGACGGCACAGAGCGAAAGCUCGGCGCCUGGCUCAUGCUCACAUGCUUCCAGACGUCGGUCGUUUCGUCAGCGAUGUUCCUCACGGCGAUGGCGGCCAAUCCGCUUGCUGCCAACCUGACGCUCAGCACCAUCGGGCAGGGGAUCGGGUGGACGCUGUGGGCAAAGGCGGCCAUUGUGCCAGGGCUGCUGUCGCUGCUGAUUGUGCCGCUGGUCCUCUAUGUCAUCUACCCACCGGAGGUGAAGACCAGCCCUGAUGCACCACGCUUGGCCAAGGAGAGGCUGGCAAAGAUGGGACCCAUGAGCACGGAGGAGAAGAUCAUGGCCGGCACGCUUCUGCUCACGGUUGGACUUUGGAUCUUUGGAGGAAUGCUGAGUGUAGAUGCAGUGUCUGCAGCGAUUCUUGGCCUAUCUGUCCUCCUAAUUACAGGAGUUGUCACAUGGAAAGAGUGUUUGGCAGAGUCUGUAGCAUGGGAUACCCUUACUUGGUUUGCUGCGCUGAUUGCGAUGGCUGGCUACCUCAACAAAUAUGGGUUGAUUUCUUGGUUCAGCGAGACUGUUGUUAAGUUUGUUGGAGGUCUUGGUCUGUCCUGGCAACUCUCAUUCGGUGUCUUGGUGCUGAUGUACUUCUACUCCCACUACUUCUUUGCUAGUGGUGCUGCACACAUCGGUGCAAUGUUCACUGCGUUCCUGUCUGUGGCGAGUGCCUUGGGCACCCCUCCGCUUUUCGCUGCCAUGAAGGAGAAAAGCUUGCGGCGCGACAAUGGAGCACUUGGAGCUUUGGGUGAGCAAGAAGGCACCUCGACAAGUGGAGGUCAGCUGGAUGACGACACUAAUCGGGAGACUAUUGUUAAACUAGUUUCAAGACGGGCGACUGAAGACGAUGAAGCAGCUCGGAAGGACCGAGGUGCUGCGGUUUGA